GCAGAGAGCUUCUUGUCUUAUCAUUCAGUUCAAUAUUUGACAUCCAUUGUCAAUAAAUACCAAGUGAAGAGUGCAGAUUGUGCUCAAAAUUGUCCAACUCAGCUCGUCAAACACAGCGGAAAUGGUGCACAACGAGGAGCUCGCCCUGGACACGGGCGUGGCACACGGCACACCUGUUGCCAUAAACGGCGAGGCGAAGCCAAAUCAGCGGCUGUACGAGCCGCGUGAACGUUUUAUCAUCACCAAGAACGUGGUCGUCAUCGGGCUGGCCUUCAUGAUACACUUCACGGCCUUCCACGGCACCUCGAAUCUGCAGAGCUCGGUGAACGCGGACAAGGCGCUGGGCACCACCACGCUGGCCGUCAUCUACGGCUCGCUCAUACUGUCGAAUAUAUUCCUGCCCAUGACUGUGAUUAGUUGGUUCGGCUGCCGCCUGACCAUGGCCCUGGCCCUGUUCGCCUACAUGCCGUACAUUGCCGCGCAGUUCUAUCCGCGCUUCGAGACGCUCAUCCCGGCCGCACUGAUGGUGGGCUUUGGCGGCGGCCCGCUGUGGUGCUCCAAGUGCACGUACCUGUCCACCGUCUCCGAGGCGCUGACCAAGGUGCGCGGCAGCGAGUCGCGCAAGGAUGUCAACACGGUGAAGUUCUUCGGGCUGUUCUUCAUCUUCUAUCAGAUGGCGCAGGUGUGGGGCAAUCUGAUAUCCUCCUCGGUGCUGACGCUGAGCGCCGCGACGCCGGCCAAUGGGAGUCUGCUGGAGCCGGAGCCGGAGCUGGAGCCCCUCGAGGCGAGCAUAAGUCGCGUGGGCGAGCUGUGCGGCGCUCGCUUUUGCCCCGGCAUCAGCGCUGAGGUGAAUCCCAAUCUGGUGCCGCCGGCGCCCGAGCAGAUACAGCUGCUCAAUUCCAUAUUCCUGGCAUGCAUGGCCGGCGCGGUGAUAAUGAUGAUUUUCGGCGUUAGCUCGCUGAAGCGCUAUGGCGUCAAUCGCGGCGACACUGGGGACGGCAUCUCGGGCCUGAAGCUCCUCACUGUGACCAUUAAUCUGCUGCGCAAACGCCGCCAGAUACUGAUGCUGCCCAUAACCAUGUUCAUUGGCCUGGAGGAGGCCUUCCUGGCCGUUGACUUUACACGCUCGUUCGUCGCCUGCGGCUGGGGCAUUUCCAAAAUCGGAUUUGCGAUGAUCUGCUUUGGCGUGGCCAAUGCGAUUGCCGCCGGCAUUGCGGGCGCCCUGGUCGAGCGCAUCGGACGUGUCACCCUGGCGGCCAUCUGUGCCGUGCUUAAUCUCUGCCUGCUCGCCUACAUGUACAGCUGGGAGGCGCGCGAGGGCGACUACCUCAUGUACUGCACCUUUGCGGCCAUUUGGGGCAUCUGCGAUGGCGUCUGGCUGGUUGUUGUCAACGCUUUUUAUGGCAUCCUGUUUCCGAACCAUCUGAUUGCCGCGUACAGCAACUUCCGUUUAUGGGAGAGCACUGGUUCGGUCAUUGGCUACAUCAUCAGCUCCCAGCUGUGCACGUCCACCAAGCUGAUCAUUCUGAUUUGUGUCAUGGUCGUGGGAUGCGUGGGGUGA